AGUGGGACCAAAAAAAAAGAUUUGUUUUUGUCAAAGUAAAGAGAAGAGUGACACGAACGAACAGAUAGAGCUGAACCAAGUAGCUGCCGCCGCCACGUUCAAACUUUCAUCUCUCUCUCUCUUUAGGUUUACCAUUCUUCUCACAUCGUCUCCAAUGGCGUCUUCCCUUCUCAGAAACCCUACACUCUCAUCAUCACCUUCUCUCCCCACCUUCUCCUCAACAAUCACCACCACCACACCUCUCUCGUUCCGCUUCCCACCAUCCCCCCACCACCACCACCGCCGCUCCUCCUCCGCCUCCCUCCGCCUCUCCUGCUCCAUCUCAGAUCCACCACCCCCUCUCCCCCGCGACGGCGAGCAGUCCCCCGGCGCCACGCUCACCUCCAAGGAGAAGCUCGACAUCGCGCGCCAGCUCGCGAAGCUCGGCGUCGACAUCAUCGAGGCCGGGUUCCCCGCCGCGUCCAAAGACGACUUCGAGGCGGUCAAGACCAUUUCCGAAACCGUCGGAAACGCGGUCGACGAGAACGGUUACGUCCCCGUCAUCUGCGGUCUCUCGAGGUGUAACAAGAAAGAUAUCCAGACGGCUUGGGAGGCUGUGAGAUACGCCAAACGGCCUAGGAUCCAUACGUUCAUCGCCACGAGUGAUAUUCACUUGGAGUAUAAGCUCAAGAAGAGUAGACAAGAAGUCAUCGAGAUCGCGAGGAGCAUGGUUAGGUUCGCUAGGAGCUUGGGGUGUGAUGACGUGGAGUUUAGUCCUGAAGAUGCAGGAAGGUCGGAAAGAGAGUUUUUGUAUGAGAUUCUUGGAGAAGUGAUAAAAGCUGGAGCGACGACGCUUAAUAUUCCUGAUACUGUUGGUAUCACUUUGCCUAGUGAGUUUGGUCAGUUGAUUGCUGAUUUAAAGGCUAAUACUCCUGGGAUCGAGAACGUUGUCAUCUCGACGCAUUGUCAGAAUGAUCUUGGACUCUCUACCGCCAACACUUUAUCUGGAGCACAUGCAGGUGCUAGGCAGGUUGAAGUGACGAUUAACGGAAUUGGUGAAAGAGCUGGAAACGCUUCACUGGAAGAGGUUGUGAUGGCCAUAAAAUGCCGUGGAGAUCAUGUGUUAGGAGGUCUGUUUACUGGAAUUGAUACUCGGCACAUUGUUAUGACAAGCAAGAUGGUGGAAGAUUACACUGGAAUGCAAACGCAGCCCCAUAAGGCUAUUGUAGGAGCGAAUGCUUUUGCUCAUGAAAGUGGUAUUCAUCAGGAUGGAAUGCUGAAACACAAGGGUACAUAUGAAAUUAUAUGCCCUGAAGAAAUUGGACUUGAGCGAUCAAAUGAUGCUGGCAUUGUUUUGGGGAAGCUUAGUGGGCGCCAUGCGUUGAAAGACCGUUUGACUGAGGUACACAUCAAUCUCAUCCAAACACACACUCGCUAUUACCAUCUUUUGUGGGAGGGAGACACUAAUGUCCUCUCACAUUUUCUACUUUUCCAGCUUGGUUAUGUAUUGGAUGAUGAACAGCUAAGCACCAUUUUCUGGCGCUUCAAAUCCGUGGCUGAGCAGAAAAAGAGAGUUACUGAUGCGGAUAUAAUAGCUUUGGUAUCUGACGAGGUGUUCCAGCCAGAAGCUUUAUGGAAACUCCUGGACAUUCAGAUAACUUGUGGAACUCUGGGGCUUUCAACAGCAACGGUGAAACUUGCUGAUGCUGAUGGCAAAGAGCAUUGCGCUUGUUCAAUGGGAACUGGCCCUGUUGAUUCAGCUUAUAAGGCAGUUGACCUUAUCGUCAAGGAACCGGCGACUCUGCUUGAGUACUCGAUGAAUGCAGUAACAGAAGGCAUUGAUGCCAUAGCAACUACACGAGUUCUUGUCCGUGGAAACAACACUUACACAUCUACAAACGCAAUAACUGGCGAAGAAGUUUUAAGGACCUUCAGUGGAACCGGAGCGGGAAUGGACAUUGUGGUGUCAAGCGUUAAGGCUUAUGUAGGAGCUCUUAACAAAAUGCUCGAUUUCAAAGAGAAGUCUCCGAAAAAAGUUCCUUCUCGAAACACCAAAGUCACUGCCUGAAUGAAAAUCUUUCUGUGAGAGACCAAAGUUAGUUUUCUUUCAAGGUAUAUAGUGUUUGGUAAUAACUGGAGUUCCAAGUUUGCAUGUCGUUUAUUUCAAAGAUUCUUGUCAAAAGAGUUUGUCUUCUAUAAAUCUUUGUUUAGAGUAAUCAUGCU